CAUAUUUUUAGACACCUAAUCCAUUUUACGUUUAGGCCCUUCCCUCUCCCGUGUCAUUGGUGAAUGACCGAAGAUGUCGCACAGUAGGCUGUUUACUCGGCUGUUCUUACAGCAGAGCAGUGUCCGACAUUGCUAUACCGCCUCAAGAAAGAACCUCUACAUCAACAAGGACACUAAGGUCAUUUGCCAGGGCUUCACCGGAAAGCAGGGGACCUUCCACAGUCAGCAGGCUCUGGACUAUGGCUCCCGGCUCGUCGGAGGAGUCUCCCCCGGCAAGGGAGGCAAGACCCACCUCAGCAUGCCCGUCUUCAACUCCGUGAAGGAGGUACGGUGUGGCGUUUCUCUCUCUCUCUCUCUCUCUCUCUCCUCCUUCCCCCCCGCGGCGAAGGACUGCACGGGCGGCCUCUGACUCGUGCUCGCCUUGCGGGCGGCCAUCUGGAGCAUCGAGCGAGAUGCUCUGGUGUGUGCUCCGAGGAUCCCAAAACAGGACAUGGUGAAGGUGAAGCACCGCCUGCUCCGCCAGGGCACCACCCGCCUCAUCGGGCCCAACUGCCCCGGCGUCAUCAACCCCGGAGAAUGCAAGAUCGGAAUCAUGCCGGGCCACAUCCACAAAAAAGGCAGAAUCGGCAUCGUGUCCCGGUCCGGUACGCUGACUUACGAAGCUGUGCACCAAACUACACAAGUGGGCCUGGGGCAGUCUCUCUGUGUGGGCAUCGGCGGGGACCCGUUCAACGGGACGAACUUCAUAGACUGCCUGGAGGUGUUCCUGCAGGACCCCAAGACUGAGGGAAUCAUCCUGAUCGGCGAGAUCGGCGGGGACGCGGAGGAGAACGCCGCAGAGUACCUGAAAGAGCACAACUCUGGUGUCAAGGCCAAGCCGGUGGUGUCGUUCAUCGCCGGCCUCACCGCGCCCCCGGGCAGGAGGAUGGGCCACGCCGGCGCCAUCAUCGCGGGAGGGAAGGGCGGAGCCAAAGAGAAGAUCUCCGCCCUGCAGGCGGCCGGGGUGGUAGUCAGCAUGUCCCCUGCCCAGUUGGGCAGUACCAUUUUCAAGGAAUUUGAGAAGAGGAAGAUGCUGUGAAUGUGGAGCCAAGAACACCUCUCCCCCACCUCCACCCCCCGCACCCCUCCAAGUGGAUCGUUUUGUGUUCGUUGCCCUUGGUUUGGGGAGCCAGCCCCAGGAGAACCCAAGCUCUCCUCACGUUCACUGUAACUUAAACUCAUACAAUUUAAUAUGUAUGACGUCCUUAAUGUAUGCCAGAAGAAUAAUAAAUGUAUGAUAUCUUGA